AAGCAACAUUUCUCUUUCUAGCUAUGGCGUCCUCCUGAGAGCUGGCUGACAACGUGAUUUAACGGCAAAAUGAAAACUUUUUUAUUUACCUGAACGAGACAUCAUAUUUUUAUAUUCUUGUUGGUUUUCUACUUCAUAAACACACAUCCGUCCCUCUGUUUGUUCCAAGGUAGGAAUAAAUAGUAAACUACCAGCGACCGAUCUGCAGAGAUGGCUUCAUAUAAACCAACAAACAUUCCAGUUUAUCCCAAACUCGGAGAGAAGAUCACAGAAGAAACACUGUACUGGAAAAACUACAAGACGCCAAUCCAGAUAAAAGAAUUUGGAGCUGUGUCGAACAUUCACUUUUCCCCUGUGACUCCCUAUAAUUUUGCUGUGACAGCUUUCACAAGAAUUCACCUUUAUGGGCUGCUCUCCCAGGAGCCUGUCAAGACAUUUACCCGUUUCAAGGACACUGCAUACUGCGGCCGUUUCCGAUCAGACGGUCAGCUGCUUGUGGCGGGAUGUGAGGACUCCGUCGUGCGACUUUUUGAUGUUAGCGGCAAAGUGGCACUGAGGAUGUUCAAAGGUCACACAAAGGCCGUUCAUGUCACAGACUUUACCACCGACCGUUACCAGAUCCUGACGGGGUCGGACGACUACACCUGCUGCCUUUGGGACAUUCCAAACUCGGCUCAGCUUAACACUUACCAGGAACACACAGAUUACAUCCGGUGUGGAGUGACGAGUCAACUCAACAGAGAUCUCUUUGUUACAGGAUCAUACGACCACUCACUAAAAGUGUUUGAUGCCAGAGUGGAUAAAAGUGUGAUGACCAUCAACCAUGGCCACCCAGUGGAGAGUCUGCUUCUGUAUCCCUCUGAGGGGCUGCUUGUUUCUGCAGGCGGGCGCUACGUGAGAGUGUGGGAUCUGCUAAAAGGCGGGCAGCCGCUGGUGUCUCUGAAGAACCAUCACAAAACAGUCACCUGUUUGGCUCUCAGCAGCAACGGACAGAGGCUGCUGUCCGGCUCUCUGGACAGACAUGUAAAGGUGUACAACACAACCAGCUACAAAGUGGUCCACAACUUCGACUACCCUGCUGCCAUCCUCAGUCUGGCUCUGGCUCCGGAGGAUGAGUCCAUUGUUGUGGGAAUGACCAACAGUAUUCUGAGCAUCAAACACAGAAAACCCUCGGAGGAGGCAAAGGAAACAGCUGGCCACCAAAGGCGACGCCCAUCGUAUCGCGUUUACGCACACAGAAAAAGCUAUGUUCCAAAACAGGACGAUUAUCUUGUCAGUAAGCCAGUGAGGCAGCAUUUGGCCAAAUAUGACAAGCAGCUAAAGAAGUUUAAUGUGUCCAAAGCUUUGGACACGGCCUUGGAGACGUGGAUUAGAGGGAGAAAGCCGGAGAUAACUGUCGCUGUCAUAAGGGAGCUGGAUAGAAGAGGAACUUUGAAAAACGCUCUCGCAGGACGGGAUGAGCAGGAGCUCUCGCGGUUACUCAGCUUUCUGAUCGCAAAUCUGGUUGAUGCCAGGUUUGCUCCCGUCCUCAUAACAGCAGCUGAGAUGAUCCUGGACAUCUAUCAGUCCAUCGUUGGUCAGUCCCCAGUUGUGGACAAACAGCUGCUGCAUCUGCAGUCCUUGCUGGAAAGAGAACUGGACUAUCAAAAGGACCUUCUGGAAGUUCUUGGCAUGUUAGACACAAUGUUUGCCUCCUCUCUGCCUAAAGUUGAGUUGCCGUGCUCUGGCAUCAGCACAUCUAACGGCCUGCCGCAGGGAGAAUCGACUGCAUCAAGACCACAGGUUCAGGUCAACUGAGUCUUCAGGAGGACUGACUAAGCCAAUUUUAGAGAGCUUUUAUAAUUCUAUAAAUUUAUUCCCUGAAAUGUUUCCUGCUGUGUAUCAAAGACUACAGUAAAGAAAACAUUUUGGACCCAGAUCUGCUUCCAGUUUUCUGACAGACAAAAGACCGAUGAAGCUGUGGCAUUUGGAAAUCUUAAGGAUGUAAUAUGUACUUACAAUAAAAUGCAAUCUAAAGGA